AUGAGGUUCUUCUUCAUUGCAGCGACACUUGUGUCACAACUGUGCUCGACUCAAGUGAGUGCAAAAGCGGUGUUUGCCCACUUUAUGGUGUCGAACAGCGGAAAGUACACAGCCGCGGACUGGGAAAGCGAUAUCAAUGCCGCCAAAGCUGCACAUAUUGAUGCAUUUGCUAUGAACUUUGCUCGAAACGAGGCUACCACUGAUAUUGCCCUACCAGCCGCGUUCGCAGCAGCUGAUAAACUCAAAUUCGGCCUCUUCUUCUCUUUUGAUUACGCUGCCAAUUGCACGUUCCCCAAAGAAUCCGUGAUCAAGUACAUCAAUGAUUACGCAGGAAGGCCAUCCUAUUAUCGGUACAAUGGGAAGCCGUUCGUUUCGACUUUUGAAGGUCCGGAUUCUGCAGCCGAUUGGAAGACGAUCAAAGCUUCUACUGGUUGCCACUUUGUGCCUGAUUGGUCGUCCAAGGGUGCAAAGACGCUCUUUCUAUCGGAGCUGGCAUUGUAG